AUGUCUACACCGAGGCUCCGAGGUCCUUCAUCCAGCGGCGAUGUGGCCCCAGGGCCUGCCCUUCCGUCAGCCACACUUUUCCGGCGAUCGCGAUUCUGCCUUCUGUCAGACUUGCUGCACCGUUGCUCCUCCAGUGGUCCCUCUACUCCCGGCAACUCCUCCGGCGUCUCCUUGGCGGGCAGCUCCUCCGGCUUACCCUUGGACGGAAGCUCCUCCAGGACAUCCUCGGUGGGCAGCUUCUCCAGGGUGCCUUUGCACAGCAGUUCCUGUGGCACGUCCUGGACAGAUAGCUCCUCCACGCCAACUGGUCGUUCGGGUGCGCAUCCCGCACCCACCAGUUGCUCCUCCGGUACGCCUUCCGCAGGCAGCUUCUCCGGCGCGUCCCCGGCAGGUAGUUCCUCCCGGGUAUCGCGAGAGGCCUAA